CUUUACCGAUACUAGUUUAGUUUUGAAACUUGACUUUAGACGAAUAUUGGAAAAAUAUACUUAUGCCCUAUCUAUCUCAUAGUCAUUUAUUUGUUGUAUUAUUGUUAAUUCCAUUUUAAAUUACAUUUGACAGAAAAUUAAAAAGCCGGAAAAUAAUGCGAUAGCAUAUUUUAGUAGAUCUUUUGUUACAGUACAAAAUAUACUACAAAAAUGGUGUCUAGAAGUUUAACUGAGGUGUUUGUAUUAAUGCGAAAUAAUGCCAUUCACAGCCGAAAUCUCUUUUCAGAAUCGGGAUAUGAUAAUGAUCAUGAAGGAGCUAUGCUGAUGAAAGCAACCUCAGAUGAUGUAGAAGCCGGGCUAGAUAUGAGAAUAGAAGUAAAUCCGCCAAUCUGGACUGAUUCCUUAGAGGAAGCACAUUAUAUUAUAUCAAGGUUAAAAACAAAAAUAUCUGAGCUUCAAAGUCGGCAUGAUCGCCAGAUACGACGACCGGCGUUAGAUGACAGUGGAGAGCAGCAGCACAUUGAAAGACUUGCUGCUGAUAUAGGCAAACACUUUACACAAGCUCAUGCAAGAAUCACAAAUAUCAAAUCACAGGUUCGUCAUGGAAACAAAUCGGAACAAAAACUUGCAAAUAAUGUGGUCUUAGCUUUAGUGACAGCUUUACAGGAUUUAAGUAUAAUAUUCAGAACAGCACAAUCAAACUAUCUCAAAUCUCUAACAUCAAGAGAAGAACGAUCAAAGGCCUACUUUGAUUUACCAAACUUUGAAGAACUUAGCUUAAAUGAUAAUGACUUAGAACCAGGCCUUACAAACAAUCAAACAGACUUACUAUUUUCUCUACCAAGUACUUCAAGUUAUGAAGAUGAGACCCAGCAAAAGCAAUUGCUACUCAUGGAAGAAGAAAACACUGCAAUUAUUGCAGAAAGGGAACAAGAGGUAAAUAAAAUUGUCCGCUCUAUAGUUGAUUUAAAUGAUAUUUUCAAAGAUUUAGCUCAUAUGGUACAUGAACAGGGUACAAUAUUAGAUCGAAUAGAUUAUAAUAUUGAGCAAACCCAAGUACAAGUACAUGAGGGCUUUAAACAAUUGCAAAAAGCAGAACGAUAUCAACGUAAGAAUAGAAAGAUACAUUGUUUAUUAAUAUUGGCUGUUACAACUAUUAUAAUGACUAUAUUAUUAAUUAUAGUUAAAAGUUAACAUUUUAUUUAUAAUAAAUUAAAUGGAUAGUUAUUUGUAAUAAUUGCUUAAGUUUUGAAUUUCCUCCUUAAGCAAUCAAUGCUUAUUAUAAUAAUUACAUAUAUGUAUUUAUAUAAAAAAUAUUGUUGUUAAUAAAGAGUAAAAUAGUAUGAUAAACUAAAAGUAGUGUUAUAGUAAAAUAAGAAUGUGUACUUCAUAGUAAUAACAAGCUAGUUUUGCUUGCCUUCAUAGUUAGUUCCUAUAUUUUUACUGACAAAAUGAAAUGAAAUAAUUAACAAAUUUGAUUUUGAAAAAAAAUAAUUAUGUUGUAAAAAUAAAUAUAAUGUCCAUUCAUUCACACUUGAAUAAACUUUUUUUUAAAUAUUUCAGAUAAAGUAAAUGUAAUUGUGUUUGUGUACAAUUAUUACAACCUUCAAAGUGUAAAUUUGUAAUAAAAUCUAGUCUUAUUUAUAAUAAAGUAAGGCUGUAUAUC